GAGAGAGAUAGAGAGAGAGAGCAGUAGUCCCAGCAGCAGGCUAAAGUCUCACCUAGACUCCAGUUCAGUUCUCUCCACAUCCCUCUAGAACAACCACCUGUUACCUGGCUCUCUCUCUCUCUGUCUGUCUUUACCCAACUAAGGAACGUGGGCCGCAGGCCUGUGAAGGAUGGAGGGCAGUGUGCUGCUGCUGUGUCUUGUGAGCCUCUUCACUGGAGCUCAAAGCCAAAACCAAAUCCCGAGCAUUACAACAAGUUAUGCUCAAAUAAAGGAAGACACUCCAAUAAAUGAAUUUGCCUUUCAAAUAGAAACAUACGAUCCCGACCCUGUUCCUGACCCACUGACAUACAGGAUUACUGGGCCAAAAGCAAGCUACUUUAAUUGCGACGCAAACACAGGGACAGUAACCAUCCGGACCCCCUUGGAGAGAGAUGAUGAUGACAAGGGUGUAUUCUCUAUCGACAUUGUGGUUUCUGACGCAGAUUACACAGUUGACAAAGACAUUCAGAUAAUCAUAAUAGAUGCGAACGAUAACCAACCCAUAUUUGAAAAUACACCUUACAACGUAAAUGUCGAAGAAAAUACUGCCUUGGACUCUGUUCUGUUUCAAGUAUAUGCCAAAGAUGUAGACGCUGGACUUGCUGCUGUUGUAAAGUACCACAUUGAUGAGGCUAGUCCGAGUGAUGGACUAACUCAUUUUACUAUCAAUGAGAAUAAUGGCGAAGUCAAACUGGUUAAACAACUGAAUUUCACAAGUUUGAGCACUUUCUACAGGCUCAAGAUCAACGCCACUGAUGGUGGAGGCCCUGUGUAUAAUGAACCUAACCCUGUUCAUCAGUCCAACAUUGCUUUUGCUUUCAUUACCGUGGUGGACGUCCCAGACAUGGAUCCACGGUUUCUAAGUACUCCUUACGCGACUACUGUCACUGAGCAUUCUCCCGUGGGCCAGUCUGUGUUUAAAGUGACUGCAAUCGAUCAGGACUCUGGGAUCAACGAUGACAUCACCUACAGCAUCGAAGGUACCGAUGACCUGUUUGACAUCACGGCCAACGAUGGAAUCAUAUCUGUCAAAAGUGAUAUUGACAGAGAGGCUUUGUUGGACAUUAAUUAUGUUGUGGCCCUUAAAGUGACGGCAACGGAGGUUCAGCCAAACAUUCUGGGGACCCAAGCACACACCUCCACUGAGGUGCGGAUUACCAUCGGUGACAUCAACGACAACAAGCCUAAAUUUUACGACUGUGGUGUGGAGCCCUGCGCGGAGGCCAGUAGCUUCACGGCCAACAUCUUUGAACACUCCUCAAUGGGCGUUCCAGUCGACGACCUCAACAUCAGAGCCAAAGAUUUGGAUCAGGGAGAUCAUGGAAAAUUCGAAUUAAGUCUUGCUGGACCAGACAAGGAUGCAUUCAGUGUGUCGCCACAGAUUGCCUACUCAGAAAGCGCGGUUCAGAUCACGGUCAAGAACUCCCAGGCUGUGGACUACGAGACCAAAACAUCAAUGAUUAUCCAGAUUAUCGCCAAGGAUCACUCCAAUACAGCAGACUGCUGUUCCACAGCUACAGUCACCAUUCAGAUCAAAGACAUUAAUGACAACAGCCCCACGUUCCCCAAAGAAGUCUACGUCCUCAAGGUUGAUGAGCACAGUCCUAAUGGAACCACUGUGGACACGAUAACAGCAACCGAUCCUGACACUAUGGAUGUUGAUAACAUCAGAUACAGACUUCUUCCCGACAGCAUACUAAAGUACUUCAAUGUGGACGCAAUGACAGGGAGGAUCUAUGUGACAAACAGCAAACUGAUCGACCGAGAGGUCACCUCCCUGUAUUCUCCAACUCUGCAAGCAAGAGACCAGGCCAACAACACAGGCAACGCUGUGUUAGAAAUCACACUGACAGACAUCAAUGACCAGACACCACAGUUCAACAGAGAAUCCUACAUCGACUAUGUGAAAGAGGGCUCGAACCUAAGAAUUCAAGUACAGGCUACUGACAGAGAUGAGCCGCCCAACAGCGAGAUUGUGUAUGGAAUAGUUAACAGUAACUACAGUGGCAAAUUCACCAUUGACCCCACCACAGGCUGGUUGGAGAACAACGGCCCGCUAGACAGAGAGGCCAUGCAGGCCAAGGAUAACGGGCAGGUUAAGUUAAAUGUGACAGCUACUGACAAAGGCAGUCCACCACUGGCCACCUGGGUGCCAGUCAUCAUCAAUGUGGAGGAUAUCAACGACAACACACCGAAGUUUCGAAAAAAGUCUUACAAAUUCUUAGUGGAGGAGGGGAAGAAAGCUGAAUUUGUGGGCUCCGUCCAGGCGGUGGACUUAGACCAAACGAUCGAUCACAACCGCAUCUCCUUCAGCAUAGUCAGCGGAAGCUUCGGACAGUUCAUCAUCCAAACCUUCAGGGACGAACCCGAUGGUUACAUCGGCAACAUCACGGUCGACCCGGACAUCGAGUUGGACUACGAGAGCAGCUACAAAACCUUCAGCCUGGACGUGGAGGCCAUGGACCUGGGAUCCAUGAAGGACACUGUAAACGUGGAGGUGAUUGUGGUGGAUGUGAAUGAUGAGAGGCCCCAGUUUAAGCCCGUUGACCCGUUGCACAUAAAGGAGAACACCACUAUCACUGAGUCCGUGGGGAGUUUCGUAGGGGUGGACCUGGACAUGAAUCACUUUCUGGUCUACCAGCUGGUCUCCACUGAGUGCCGCUGUAACGGCUCCCUGACUCUCGGGCCCUGCCCAGAGGACUGGUUCAUCCUGGAGCCCACAGGGGAGAUCAUGCUGAACGAGGAGUUUGUGAUCGACUUUGAGAAGUGUGACCAGGUUGAGCUGGAGGCCCAGGUGGUGGAUGAGUUGACCCAGAAAGGGGAGAACAACAGCGCAACACCAGGGCACAUUGUGAUCAACAUCGAAGACAUCAAUGACAAUGCCCCUGUUUUCGAAACAACAGAUUCCUUAUAUGUUGUGGUGUCAGAGAAGGCCUCUGUAGGCUCAGUAAUAGCCAGUGUCACUGCUACAGACCGUGAUUCCGGGAAAAAUAGGCAGAUGACAUUUUCGAUAACAAAUAUCCAAUUCAGGGAUGACGUCAACAAUAGAACGACCGAGUUGGGCAUUCGAGUGUUUCGAGUUGUCACCACACAGGAAGACGAUAAAUACGUCGGAAAUAUUCAGAACAUGGAAGUGUUAAAUAUCAAUGUUAAAGGUCAGUAUUUGGUGACAGUUGAGGCAGCUAACACUGAAGAACCGAAACUCUUCUCCGAAACCAAACUGGAGAUCUUCCCUCUCCACAGUUGACAAGAGUUUAAAAGUCGAGCUUUUGUUUUCAAAGACAGUGGCAGAAGUUCAAGCGGCCCAAAGUCAGAUUGUACUGCUUCUAACCGCAGCAACACAGACGAAAGUGGAAGUGGUUAGGAUUAGGGCUGAUUCAGCCAGUACGGAAAUCAGGUAACG